AUGCUGUUCGGGGUGGAACAUCUCGUUCUCGGCUCUGUGUACUCUUGGCGGCAGUUUCGCUCUGGUGGAAACGAGACUUCACUAUGUAUCCCAAUUUUGAGGCCGAGAGGGAGUGUGCAUAAGGGGGGUCUCAAACAGAAAGGCAGGCUAGAUUGGCCCAGCUGUUCAACGGAAAAUUCACAUUACCCAUUUCGGAGUCAAGCCAACGUCUCCCAUGGAUCGCACUCGUCGCCAUCCUUCGCCUUAGGUACUUUAGGCUGUGUCCACUUGGAUUACAUGACAUGUACAUGA